GACUUUUAUGUGAUGUAUCAUUGUUUCUAAAGCGUGUCUUUUUUCUAGGAGAGUUAGGAUUCAAUCGAAACUUCUAUGUACCUUCUUCCCUUUCAUUAAGUCAAAUCUUAAAAAUCUUUGCUUAUUUAUACACGUAUAAGGUUGUUUGGUGUUGGUAACUCUUUGUUCUUUAUAUCAAAAUCUGAAGUUGAGGUUUCUUUUCAAGGACAUUAUUGUUUCUUUGUUUUUGAGUUCUGUCUGAUGGUGACAAAGAGGUAUCUUUAUGGUGAUGCUGAGAGUGGAACUGAAGAAGCUUCAGCUCACGACUCUAAGCGGUUUAAGAAUGUCAUUAGAGACGUGCUAGGUAUGCUUUCAGUUGAGGAUAUGGCGGCAAAGAUGGAACCUUUUCUUAGAAGAGUGGUGCGAGAUGAGGUGGAAAGAACUGUUUGUCGCAUUCUUCAUCCAUCCUUCAGACCUCCAUUCAAUCAGAAUGAAACAACAGGAGGAAGAGGCUUCCUGCUGCGCUUCGUCAACAAACCGCCUUCUACCAUUUUUACUAAUAGCAGAAUAGAAGCGGAGGAUGGUAGUCCCAUCAGGAUAGAAUUGUGGGAUGCUAACCGCAAGACCCUUGUCACUUCUGGUCCUCUAUCUUGUAUGAAGAUUGAAAUUCUUGUCCUUAAUGGUGAUUUUGGCUUGGAUGACCUAGAAGACUGGAGUGAGACUGAAUUCAAUGCCAGUGUUAUCCGUGAAAGAGAGGGUAGAAGGCCACUGGUGACUGGAGGAGAUCUGAAUGUUACGCUAAGAGGUGGAGUUGUUUCGAUAAGUGAUGUUGCUUUUACAGAUAAUUCAAGUUGGCAGAGGAGUCGAAAAUUUCGUUUGGGAGCUAAACCUGUGUCCAAAAUUAGCGGUGAAAGUGGUGAAGCUAGGAUAAGAGAAGCAAGAAGUGAAGCUUUCGUGGUCAAGGAUCAUCGCGGAGAGUUGUAUAAGAAACAUUACCCUCCGCAAUUGGAUGAUGAAGUAUGGCGUCUGGAAAGAAUAGCAAAAGACGGCUCAUCCCACAAGAAGCUGGCUGAGUUGGGAAUUCGCACUGUGAGGGACUUUCUUCAACGUUAUGCAGUUAAUCCCCCUGAACUCCGCAGAGUGCUUGGAGGUGGAAUCUCAAACAAGAUAUGGGAUACAAUUAUAGAGCAUGCAAAUACUUGUGUUCUUGAUGAAAAAUUGUAUGCUUACUUUGAACCUGAACAAAGUGUUGGGCUGAUUUUCGAUUCCGUAUACAAGAUCAUAAAAGUAACAUUUGAUGGUCAGACCUACGAGCCUCUGGAUAAACUUACUCCUCCUCACAAGGCUUUGGUGGAGAACUUAAAGCGACAAGCUUAUAACAAUGUGAAAGAGUUCAUCUUGAUUGAUGCUCAUGCUAUUUCAGGCCCUUCAAGGACUUUGACAUGUCCUGGAUCUGAUUCAUAUCAUGAUCAAAAUCUCGGUCUGCAGCAACCUGAUCUCCCAGUGGCACGAAAAGAUGAACCAGAAAUGCUGAUUGAUUUCAACACCGCUGGGAGUGCGAAUCACUUGUUUCAAUCACCACUAAGGAACAGUUUCAAAUUGGGGGAUUUGUUUUUACCCUGCACAGGAGAAAGCACUUGGCAAACAAGUGUUUCACAGUGGCAUAUCCCGACUAAUCAAUUGACACCUGAGGAAAUUUUGCAACCUCAAACAUCAAACUGGUCUGCUGGUAACUCGCCGGGCUGCAGCUGGGGACAAGGGGAUACUUUUAUAUUCAGUUCAGGAAACGAAGAACUAGGUUUUAUUUCUGCUCAUCCAAGAUUUAGUGUACAUAUGUCGAGAAUUAGAAAACCAAAAGCAGGGUGGUGUAAGCUACGAGCUGCUAUCAUGAAGUGGGGAUCGGUUAGGCGAGACAUUGCUGCUAAAAGAAUGUGGCAAAGCUUCUGUCAUGUAGAUUACCAAACUUGUUAGUAAAUCAAGCAUCUCAAGGUUUAUAGGAGAGAUAAGCUCUCUCCUAAGGUCAAUCAGAGGUGGUCAUUUUAGAUUUUUAGUUUUUCCUGUAUUUCUUGGAAUUUGCUUUGCUUUCUUGUAAAAAGGUGCAGAGUGUUAGCUUAGUUUUGUAGCUUAUUUAUGUAUCUCCUUUUACUCUGUUUUUUUUAUUUUUUUUCCUUUUUCCCUAAAGCCUUCUUGUAAGAAAAGAAAGUGCAGAAGAAGGGUUCUUGUACAAAUUGUCGAUGAUCAAAAGAAGUGAUCAGUUUUUUCAAUGUUAAGCUUAACUUUUCACUGUGCUUUA